UUCGCGCUAGCAUCACGGAGAGGAACUCCCUUCGCCGCCCAUCCUUCUGAUUACUUCAACAAAGCUCCAAAAUGUCUGGAUCCUCCAACCUUGUGGCGAUGAAGAAAGCUGUGCAGCAGCUGCGCUUCGAGGCCAGCAUCAACAGAGUGAAGGUGUCUCAGGCGGCUGCCGACCUGCAGCAGUUCUGCAUGCAGAAUGCUAUGCAAGACCCGCUGCUCACCGGAGUCUCGUCCAGCACCAACCCCUUCAGACCGCAGAAAGUCUGCUCCUUCUUGUGAUGCCGCUGGACUCAUCGACCAACAUCUCGAUGCUACAGGGAAACGUUGACCUCAACACUGCUCCUCAUGCCAAGCCAUUAUACUGCCACCAGAAGUCUUGUGGGUGUAGAACACAUUGUGUCAGAGAAGAUGAUAUUUUGAACCACAGCUGACAUGAGACGGCAGUUUUAUUUUUCAUGGCACAGUGUGAUUAUUAUUUUCCAGUCGAUUCUUGUGCCUUUUCUAUUUUAGUCAUCACACUUAUGGACUUUUUUGUAUUUAAUGAUUGAAAAUGUUCUUUGUUACUCUAAUCACGUGAGUGUGAAUUGAACAGUUUUUGCUAAUAAACUAACCGGCUCCA